UUAACAAUUAAAGUAAUUGUAGGUAACAUUAAUGUCCAUAUGUAAUAGUUUAUUAUAUUUGUAUUUAAUUGAAUAAAUAUUGGAACUUAAAGUAUUUAUAAAUAAAACAAUGGAUAUGUGCCUUUAAUCAGCUUCCUGAUUCAUGUGGUCUUCUCUUUAAAAAUGCAAAGAAAUACCUUUAAGGUAUUUAAAUACCUUAAUAUAAUCAGGAAAUAUGGUAUUUCUUCAACUUACCCGCAACAACGAAAUUUUUAUUUGAUACCUAAACCAAAUAAUUUUAUAAGUUCAAGCAUUAAAUAUUAUUCCUUAACCACCACAACCAGAAAAUCAGAUGUAACCACAGAAUUAGAAUCAACUAAGGACAAUUUCAAUUUAAGACCUAAGGUCAAUAAUCUAAAAGAAUUAAUUCAAAAUAGUUACAAGCAUGUACCAAAUUAUAAACAAAUUGUCAAACUUUUACCACUUACAAACUUUGAUGAUCUAUCGACAGAUGAAACUAUAAUUCUCUUAAAUUACACUGGUGCAUUGUUACCCAAUUAUUCCAAAGACAAAAGGGAUGAGUUGUGUCAACUCAUUUACAGUAAAGCUGUGGCUAGCAAGGCUAGUAAUAUUGACAUCCACAAUACCUUCAUAAAAACAUGUACUGAAAAUGGAAAACCGGUUCAUGCAAAAAUAUUACUUUCAAUCGAAAAUCCUAAUCAAGACACCUACAAGAGUCUUUUAGAAAAUUCUUGUGAAUUAGGUAGGAUUAAUGAAGCAGUUAAUAUUUUAGAAAUCAUGAAACAGAAGCAAGUACCAGUAGAUGAAGAUGUAUUCAACAAUUUAUUGCUUGUACAUAUCAUUAAUGGAAAUUUGGCUGCUGGAAAUGAUGUACUGAAAACAAUGAAGACUGCAAAGAUUCCAGAAUCAAUUAACACUCAAAUGGCAAAACUGAGGGGUUUGGCAAUUAGUUCUAAAUUUGAGGAAUUUGUAGAAACUGCAAAUUCAUCACCACAAUUAAAUGAUGAUCACUUGUUGAAACUCUUAGAAACUUUGGGAAGCCAUGGAAACCAUGCCUGGAUAAAUGAGUUGCCUCAUUUAUUUGAAAGGUCAUUAUCAAGGGAUAAUCAGGAAAAAGUGAAAGAUAUUUGUCUUCAUUUAAUAAGAAUGAAUAAAGAAGACUCUGCUUUUUUCAUAUAUGAAAAAUAUGUUGAUCCGAGUACAGACCCAAACUAUGGUUUUAUUUUAUUGAGGGAUAUGUUGCACUGUAAUCAAGAUAUAAAUAAAAUUAUUAAAAUUGCAAAAGAGCUUAGAGAACGUGAAUUGAAUGCAACCUGUUUGGAGAAUUUGACCAAUUUAGCUCUACGUAAUGGAUAUACAGAUUCAGCUUGGAUGUUGUUGAAAAAUUUAAAUGACUUAAAACCUCAUUACUUUUGGCCCAUACUUGCUACAACACAUAAAAGAUCUGGAGAACAAGGUGUAAUGGAAGUUAUGGCUAAAAUUCAAGAAUUAAAUGUACAUCUUGAUUUUGAGUCACUACAAAAUUAUAUAUUUAGGUAUUGCGACGUAUCAGAACCAGAGAUUUUGAUCAAAAAUAUUCAGCAAUAUGAAUACACAGUUACAGAAAUCUUAAGCCCAUUAAUUGCUCAUCUGUUAACUAUAAAAGAUACUAAUAAAGCUGCAUAUUUAUGUAAAAAAUAUCAUGUACCAAUAAAUGGUGAUGAUAUGCUGCACACAUUAGCAAGGGCUUGGAUAAAUACAAGAAAUUCUAAAAACAUAGUUGAAUUAUUAACAAAAUAUUGCGAAUCUAACGUUUCAGAUUAUGACAACGUUGGGGAGUUCCUAAUAUACAUACUGAAUUCUAACAAAUUAAAUCUCCAGCAUUUUGAUAAAUUAUUACAGGAGAUAAAAAGGCGGAUGUUAAGAGUUACAUACAAUUCAUCAGAAACCAUACAAUCAAUUAUAUCUUCAAUUAAACCGAAUAAUCAAGCAGCAAUUGAAGAAACCCUUAAAAAUUUAACUGAAUUUGGCCUAACUCCAGAAGCCUCAAAAAUUCCACAUCCUCGUGACAUGUCGCUGGAACAACUUGAAUGUCACCUCGAAGAAUUAAUUGAGAAGAAAAUGGAAACUAGGGGAGUCUUGCGAAAAUUAAUUCAACGUUACUCAGCCAUAGGUAACCAAUCAAGAGUGGGCGAACUUAGGGCGAUGUUCAUUGAUAAAGGUUACACCGAAUCGGCGGGAAUGAAAUCUUCCAUCAUGCACAGUUAUAUUGAAGGAGGGCAUUUACAACAGAGUUUACAGUUGUUUGAGGAAUUAAAGGAGAACCACCCGGAUUUUAAUUUGGAUACGUAUAAAAUUGUGGAUUUGGCGACAUUGUUAAUUCAAAAUAACAAUGUUAAGGAAGCUUUUGAUGUUAUUACUUGGUUGGGCAACAAAGGAAACGUUUCGUCAAAGGGUAAUAUUAGAAAUGUGUGCAACUUACUAAGUUCUUUAAAUGAUAUUAAGGUACAAGCAGAUAUGCUGAAUAUUUUACAAAAAUAUGGAUACAUUGCUAAUGAUAAAAUGAACAUAGCUUUGGGAUCAAUAAUGCGACUGCAUUUAAAUACAGAUUUACAACAGGCUGUUCAAAAAUAUGAAGAGCUGUCUAAAAAAUAUAAUUGUACUCCCUUGCAAUUAGAAUUAUUAAAUGCAGUGAUGAAAGCAAACAAUCUAGAAUUAAUUAAUAAAGUGUUGGAUACGACGGAAAACGUUCAUGGAAAAGUUUCUACAUUAUCUGUUUUCAUUGCCUCAUUGGCUGAAAACGGUUUAGUAAAUAAAUUACAAAAAGUUUUAGGGCAAAUAAAUGAUGUUACCAUCGCACGUAAUCUAAAUAAUUUUAUAAAUAAGAGAUGCGAACGAUGGGUCCUUGAAAAGAAAAUCGACGCCCUAAAAAAUUUAGCCAAAGCCUCUGAAAAAAUCCACUCAAACAUUGUAAAUAAAAAUGUUAUAUUUAAUAGUAUAAUGAAAAUAUACAGUAGUGAAAAUGAUUAUGAGUCAGCUUUAGAAUUGUUCAAUGAGUUAAGUGAAGAAGAUUUAAGUCUCAAAAAAGAGUUGUCCCAGCCCCUAAUAAAAAUUUUUAUCAAAUGUAACAGUGAGAUACCAGAUAAUGUUAAAUUUUAUAAUUCUUGAAAGUGUUAAUAGAUAAUUUUAAAAAGCAA